AUGCUGCACAACUUCUCUGUUGCCCCCGCCAGCAACAUGACCACAGCCACGAUGACGUCGACCACGGCGACGGACACCGGUGCUACUACGGGUCUGGGCGCGACGAAUGCCAAUAACGCCGGAGGACCACACCAGCAAGUAGAUUUCUUGUUCCGGUGUAACCACUGCGUGAAACUGAUCCCGGAAGCCGCCGCCAUCUACAUGCGCAUAUGGAUGUGUCAGGAUCGAAAUCGUCAAAGUUGAAAUAGUUUGCCAUGCAUGAAAUGGAUGCCCUUGCCCAUGCCAGUCGGAAGCCCACUUAUCAAGUGGCGCAUGACAAAUCUUCCGAGCACCGGAAUCCAGUUUGUCAUGCUGUUUAGGCACAGAAGACUGCUUUUGUCAUGCUGCUUUAGCAGCUCUACUUCAAACCCUAAACAGGCUCACAAUCGACCUCACUUGCCAUCCCGGCAAGACAGGCACUUCAUGCCUUGCAUUUUAUGCAUGACAAAUUAUUUCAUUUUCAACUUAUUUGUCGACUUCAAACCUGAGGCUUCCAUAGCGCAACGACAGUUCCUAUUGCAGCACGGUAUGCCGGAAGAAGGGGAUCAGUCCACACUACACGAACCUUAUGAACUGCACAAGUAUCGUACUCGUAUGAAUGCAUGACAAAUUUCCUCAGCAUGAGAGAUAAAAUUUGUAAUGCGGAUUUACCUAAAAAAAAAGAAUUUUUGCAUGAUUGCAAUUAUACGAGUCGAGUACGAUACUUUUGCACAGGAUAAACCUCGUGGGGCACCAACUCAGGCUGAUGCAGGUAUAGUGUUAGUGUAGUUUCAGUUUUCUCAUCGAUAUUUAUGCAGGUCGUGCUUUUAGAAGUCAUUUUCGCGUACAACGCAGUGUAGUACGAGUGCGUAGCGGAUGUUGUGACGCAAAGACUACGAAAACAAACCCCCUCCCAGACCAAGGAGACGGAGCACGUGCCGAUGAGCAGUGUUCGGUCCGAAUCCAGUAUCGGCGACCGGUCGGACACCCACGACAGCAGCCACCACACCACGGAGGACGACAGCAACAACACCACGACGAAGCUUCCCUUCCGUCUCGUCGCGAAACUGGGGCAGAAAAUCCUGGACAAGCUCAUCCCCGUCGUGAAGGAAAACCCGGCGGGGGACCGGAUUUUGCGGACCUACAGCAGCGGGCUGAUCUGGGGGAAGGAGUAUACGCGGAACAGUUCGUUUAACUUUCUCUUCCAGUACUUUCCGAACCUGGACGCCUACUACCCCGAAAAUGUCGACGAAAACGGAAACUACCCCGCCAACAGCCCGGACGGGUUCGGGAAUCUAGACGGCGGGCGAGCUGGUGAAGUAAUAGAGAGAUCGCCAGGAGCAGGACAGAGUAGAGCAGGUCAAGAGCAAGUAGAGCUCGCAGAUAGCAACAGCAUGGAGAUAACAGAAGACGACACUGUUGACGAAGGACGUGGUCGUGCGAAGGUAGAGCUGCACCAGCACGACGGCAGAACAAUACAUCAGCGACCCUCCCCAACCAACGCGGUGGUCUCUGGCGAGGAGAAUCUGCUGCCGUUGCAAUCCUCUUCCUCCGAGGUCCUCAGCAAUUUGAGCAACAGCAACAACUUCGCGAACGUCGGUACCGGAGGCAGCUCGCCGACAUCAACAGGACAGCUAUCCAUUGCUAAAAAAUUUUUCGCACGCACACAAUCAAAUGUUCUUCAUCUUUUGGACAUCUCAAAUGUCGGCUUGGGUUCGGCUAUUUCCGCUUCGACCAUUUCGUUACCCCGCCAAGAUCAAUUACGCGGUCGACCGCGUAGCUGUAGUUUAAGAACAUGACAGCGAUAUCAUCUUCAAUUCCCAUGUUUCGUUAAAAAGGCGCCAUAUGCGAAAAUUUGUGAUGCUUGUUUUUGUGUGUGUACUGUAAAAAUUUUGUACUGGUGCAUAACAGCAACAAAGCACGUCUAACAAGAGGAACAAGCAGUCAAUCAAAAGUCCGACGAGCGGCACGAGCUCGGCGACUUACGAUCCCGAAGAUGUGUUCGAUCCGAGAACAUUAGGGAUAGACCUGGCAGGAGAUGAAGACGGAACGGCACAAGGACACGACCCGGCGCCGCACCAUGCGUCGGCAAAGAAUAAUAAUUCCUCAUCAGGAGUAGAAUAUCAGCAGGCAACGGGUAAGAAUACCGCAAUUUUUUCCGCCAACCCGCUUUCCAUACCAACGGCCACGAGCGACGUGACGGCGUCUACCUCCGCAGCCGCGUCAUCCUCGUUGGUCGUCACAGCCGACGAUCCGACAAUACCCUACAACAGUCAGGAGGACAUAAUUUUACCCACUUCGUCUGCUCAGGAACAUCAUCACCAGCAAGAGGAGUUGUCGGAGUCACAGGAGGACACGGUAGUCUACAGUCGGGCGGAAGCACUGAUAAGGUUGGAAAAAACGGCACACGGGGUGGCGCCCUUUGGCGGGCUGAACGCAAUCGCAGAGGAACCGCCGGCAGACGUAUUCAUUUUGUUUUUUGUAUUAAUUUCGCAAGGAUAUCGAUGCCGAUAGCGAACAUUGAUGUAGUUCUUCUGGUCACAAAUAAUGCAAUCGCAAUAUGAAGCGCAGUGCAAAAAAGAAGAAAUUCAAAUUGCAACUCAUAUGAAAAAUACAACACCACCAGACGUACCGAGUUCCGGGCGCAACCACCACCUCCAAGAUCAUCGGGAUCACACCAGCGCAAGCCGGGAACUAUCAGUCGUAG